CUUUUUUUCUGUCGCGGACGUGACGCACUUCUCGCGGGAAACGGUCUACGUCUGUGUACGGCGCGCAUCCUCCAUCGUUGAUAAUUUGGCUCGAAACGACUUGUUCGAGUCAACCUUUUCAAGGGUUUCUCAGCCUCAGAAGGGUAAAUCAUUACCACUCGUUUUAUUUCGAAGCCCAGAAUGAAAACGAGACUCCGAGUCCGACGAGUGUACAAGUGGCAAGGAGAACCUUUGAGAUUCGACAGGAAGCUGAAAAACUUUGAAUAUGGCUCUUUGGUCAUCAGUGUGGAGGGUCUACCCAGGCCCAACAUCAUUAACACUGGUCAAUGCAUUCUUAUUGAGGGUGAAGAAGAAGACAACCCUUAUGUGGCUCAAGUUAACAAGCUGUUUGGGGACGAGAGUGGGAGGCAGAAGAAGGCAAUGGUCCAGUGGUUUGUCCGUGCAUCUGAAGUUCCUGUGAGCAAACUGCCACUACUGGGUAGAGAGCCGCAUCCACAGGAAAUCUUUUACUAUCAGGGACGAGGCUGCAAUGAAGAGGUCAAUGCUGAGUCCAUCCUCAGACCCGUGCAGGUGAAGCAUCUUGAUGGGCCAGCUCCCUUCCCAGACUCCAAUGAUAAAGAUGUGCUCUAUGUGAAGUUGUCCUGGGACACCAAGACUUUCAAGAUGAUGGACUCCGCUGUAUUGCCACCUUCCACCCCUCCUUGCUGUCCCAAACCCUGCCACCCCAAUUCAUUUCCCAGCUCACCGCCUGCAGCCGCUCCCGCAUCUCGAAGAGCGAACCGACGAGCUAUAUCUACACCUGGCACCGCUGUCAUACAACGGGCAGCUUCAGCAGAUCUCCGAUACGCCGGCGACACCAUGAGUACAGGAAAGGUUGGCCUGGAGGCCGAGUCACUGCACUCAGCCACCAAACUGUCAGCUUCAAAAUGUCUAAGCACCAAGAGAAGGAAUGCGGCAGCCAGGACGCCAGGAGUCCGCAAACGGCUCGAGCUCUGCAGUCCAGAGAAGAAGUCAAUGCCUUUCAGUGAUGUCUUGAGUCAGCUACUGGAUGAAGAGCUGGAGUCAGAGGUGGAGUUGGCCCAGAGGUUAUUGGCCUCUCCACCUCAGGUGCUGCAUCCCACCUACAGCCUAACCCCACGCCGGAAGAUGCAUAGAGCACCUGCCGACACAGAUUCUCUCUUCCAAAAGCCCUCCGUUUUCAUGAUGAACAAACUGUCUGCCUGUGAGACAGACAGUCCUCCAUCUAAAACCAGAGCUUUUUCAUCCAUGACCGAAGUGGACAAUGAGAACUCUCCAAUGCUGCUAGUUGCCGCAACACCAAGGAGCUCAAAAAGGAAGUCUGCUCAACUAGUGUCUACUAGGAUCAAAAAACAAUUAAGUCUUCUGGAUGACCAGCAAAACAAGGACUCAAACACAGAAGACGAGGAAGAGUUUGCUCCAUCAAAUAAAACACUAUGUAGUAGAAGUGAGGAUGAUAAACUGAUUCACGGUGAUGAAAACGUACUAGUAAAGGAAGGUAGACAGGUUCUCGCAGGGUCUCGCGUGCCUCGUUCGAAGACAACCCUGUCCUCAACCAGGACGCCUCGCAUAACACCCAGCAAGAAGGCAGCAACCAAUACACCACGGACUCCUGCCACUCCCAUAAUUCCCAGCAGGUUGAUGCCAGCCCGACACCCCACCAACAUAUUGGAAGUGGCCAGAACAAGGCUACACGUGUCAUCGGUGCCCGAGUCUCUACCGUGCAGGGAGCAGGAGUUUCAAGACAUUUACAGCUUUGUGGAGAGUAAAAUCAUUGACGGCACGGGAGGGUGUAUGUAUAUCUCAGGUGUGCCAGGGACGGGGAAGACUGCAACAGUGCAUGAGGUGAUUCGCUGCCUGCAGAAUGCAGCAAACAUUAAUGAGAUCCCAUCAUUCCGCUUCAUCGAGAUCAACGGUAUGAAGAUGACGGACCCUCAUCAGGCCUAUGUUCAGAUCCUUGAGAAACUAAUUAGUCAAACGGCUACAGCUGAUCAUGCAGCUUCCCUACUGGAGAAGCGAUUCAGCAACCCUGCUCCCAGAAAGGAAACCACUGUGCUGUUGGUGGAUGAAUUGGACCUCUUAUGGACCAGAAAGCAAAACGUGAUGUAUAACCUUUUUGACUGGCCAACGCGUCGGCAUUCUCGCCUGGUGGUUCUGACCAUCGCAAACACUAUGGACCUGCCAGAGAGGAUCAUGAUAAACAGAGUGUCCAGCAGACUGGGUUUAGCCCGGAUGUCAUUCCAGCCUUAUGGAUUCAAGCAGUUGCAACAGAUCAUCAUGUCCCGGUUAAACAAAGUCAAGGCCUUUGAGGAAGAUGCUUUGCAGCUGGUGUCCAGGAAGGUGGCUGCUCUGUCAGGUGACGCUCGUCGCUGUUUGGAUAUCUGUCGCAGAGCCACUGAGCUCUGCGAACACUCUGCUGCCAACACUUCCAUCACGAGAUUGGUGGGGAUGAGUCAUGUGAUGGAUGCACUCGAUGAGAUGUUUUCCUCCUCCUACAUCACUGCCAUCCAGUCUGCUUCAGUGCAGGAACAGCUCUUCCUUCGAGCUGUCAUUGCAGAGUUUCGGCGGUUGGGUUUGGAGGAAGCAACCUUCCAGCAGGUAUUUCUACAGCACCAGGCUCUGUGUCGGGUGGAGGGUCUGCAGUCGAUCGGUGUAUCGGAGGUUCUUGCGGUCUGUCAGCGCCUGGGAGCCUGCAGGUUGUUACUGCUCGAGACGAGUCGCUUCGGUAUCCUGCAGCGCGUCCGCCUUAAUGUUAGCCAAGACGACAUUCUCUAUGCCCUGAAGUCUGACUGAAGAAGUGAUUCUUUAUUUUUUUUUACAAUUUGUCAGAUGAAGUUGAGCUUUUUAAUCGUAACAUCUUGCCUUUGCCCAACAUGAGCUAGGCUGUAUUCUUACAUUAAUAAAAAAUUGUUAUAGUUUGGCCACAGAUAUGUUUUCACUGUGUAAUUGCAAGGUUGUAUUUUCCUCCUGUUUGUUACAAUGUGAUUUAUCCUUACUGGUUUGUCUUUUCGUUGAAUGAAAUGUUUCUUAAUAAACUUUACACAUGGUUACCGCGGUAGAAAUCGUUAUUAGUAAAGAUAGCAAAAUCCAAAAGUGUCACUGACAUUUACAGUCAAGUCGGGAUGUUGUGUAAAAUGUAAAUAAAAACAGAAUACAAUGAUUUGCAAAUCCUUUUCAACCUAUAGUCAAUUGAAUAGACUACAAAGAAAAGCUUUUCAAUGUUGAAACUGACAGUUUGUUUUUUUUGUUUGUUUUAAUAUUCACUCAUAUUGAAUUUGACGCCCAUAGCAUAUUACAAAAAAGCCGGGCCAUGUUUACCACUCUGUCACAUGACCUUGAAUUGGACAUCUUUCCCAUUCUUGCUUGAUGUACAACUUGCUCAACAGUCCGUUGCACUUCAAAAUGUCCCACACAUUUUCAAUUGGAAACAGGUCUGGAUUGCUGGCAGGCCAGUCUAGCCUACGAAGCCAUGCUGUUGUAACACGUCCAAUGUGGCAUGGCAUUGUCUUUCUGAAAUAACCAGGGACGUCCCUAAAAAAAGACUUUGCUUGGAUGGCAGUAUAUGCGCCUUUCCCGUCGCUGGGCAUCUGCCAGCUCCCCGAGCUGCCCUUAUGGGUACCUGGGCAAACUCCGUGGGGAAGGAAGCAGGCAGCACACGCCCGCUACGAACGUCCUGCGAACAUCGACAUACGGGCUCCGGCCGUCCUGCCUGGGAACUUUUAGUUUUUCCUCCUCCUCUUUUUUCUUCGUUCCUCAUUUCCUGCCAAAGCUGUUCCCCCGUGUGGACCAGACCGAGCGAACAUUCAGGAGCUCGACCAGCCUGCCUAAAUUGUGUUCCACGCACAUAAAUCCAACUUGCGAUCGACUAAAAGUACAGAUUAGUGCAUAUUUGGGUUUAAAUUAACGAGAACAGGAACCCCCAGCUAUAUGCAUUGUCACUACAUGUGCAUUCCACCCUCAUAUCACAAGUCAGUCUCCUUUGCCAGUUUGUCUGUCCUUGGUUUUGUUUUGUUUUCUGCAUUGUUUCCCUGCAGAUUCCCAUGUUAGAUCUCAUUAAAUUUUCAAUAAAAAUUCACUACCUGUA